AUGCUUUCUCGAUCAAAUUAUUUUGCAAAUAAUCGAAUUUUUCGGACUACAGGAUUGCGACAGGAUGGUCGUCGUGCCAAUGAAUUAAGAAAAAUUAAGUGUAAGCCUUCUGUGUUGAGCCAAGCUGAUGGAUCAGCUUAUAUCGAACAAGGAAAUACAAAAUGCUUGGCAGCUGUUUAUGGACCAAGAGAGACUAGACAAAAGGCUCAAAUCAUACAUAAUAAAGCUAAUAUUAAUGUGGAAAUUGGCUUGGCUCCUUUUAGCAUGCCUCAAGAACGAAGAAAGAGAUCGAAAUCUGACAGGCGACUAUUAGAAAUUGCAUCUGCAGUCAAACAAACCUUUGAACCAGUUAUAAUGACUAGUUUGUUUGCCAGAUCCCAGAUUGAUAUCUAUUUACAAAUCUUGCAAUUUGAUGGAGGUACUAUUCAAAUCUGUAUUAAUGCCGCUACAUUAGCUUUGAUCGACGCCGGUAUACCGAUGCAGGAAUAUGUUUGCGCUUUGUCGCCAGGCGAAACCAGGAAGUCUAAAUAUGGAACAAUAUUUGAUAACCUCAACAACGCUGAAGAAAUGGCUGAUACUCCGGAAUUAACAGUUGCAUUACUACCUAAGUCUGGAAAGUUUACACUUCUUCAGAUGGAUUCGCGUCUCCAUGUUGAUAAAUUGGAGCCAGUGAUGAAUUUGGCUGCGUUAGGUUGUAAGGAUAUUUACAAGACCCUAGAUGAAACUGUUCGCGAAUAUGUAAAGGAUCUACUUCAUAA